UAUAGAAUUUUAUAAAGACAAGAGUUUUUUAUUUUGUUUUAAAAAUAAUAUCGGGCAAGUGACCGCCGCUCGAAUAAAUUCCGGGAGAGGGACCCAACUUUUGACCACUUCUUGCAGCAAUGGGUGUGGUGGUCAGCGAUAACGCGCCGAAUAUUCUUUUUCAAAGGCGUCAAUCAUCUCGGGCUUAUCGGCAUAGGUCGCUUCUCUUCACAUAACCCCACGCUGCCGGCCCACGGCGUGAGAUAAUGCGCUCACCAAAAGUUUUAUUAAAUAAUUUAAACGCUUCGUUCGUGGGCUUUAUGUCAUGUGGGAACCAAUGGUCGACAACAUCAACUUCCUCCAAUACGGGUGCGAAAAAGUUAUUAAUCAAAGCUCUAUAGUUAGUGUUCUCAAUUGACUGUUACAUUAUGGGCAUCUUCAUUUUUAAAGAAAAGUGGACCAGGGUCUUUCUUUGUCCAAUUCCACCGAACGUGCGAUGCGCUUAAGGGACGUUUGACUUCAGUUAUUACACCGGUUGGAUUUUGUAAGCCCGCAAACCAAGAUCCCUCCUCAAAAUUUUCCAUAAAGUGGAUGGGCAGAGCUCGAAUUGUUGUGCGUGAUGGCAUAUGGACUCAUUCUUCGAUACUCUGCAAGAAAAUCAUCUUUGGCUCAGCGUUUUUGAGGAUUCGCUUUAUGCCGGAGUAAAUCAAGUUAAGAAGGAAAGAUCAACUCUGAAAGAAUAAUUACAUUCCACGUGUCUGGAAAAAUAUUUAAAGAUAAUAAAAUAAGUUGUAUCUUUCUAAUGAGACUGCACGCGAAUGGUUGAACUUUUUAAAACAGCUGAAUUCCCAUUUGAAUUAAGAAUUGAGAUAACUAAACCCUCAGGCGUCAUCCUUUCGUUUAUUAUGUGCUCAACAGUAGAUCUCUCCACCUCAUAUCUUGAGCUGGAGCAAAAGAUAAACACUGUAUCUUCUGCGGCACUGCUGCAGAAAGAACAGUUAGUCCCGGCAUUGUGGCCGAAUCACUGAAACAGCCGUGACCUGACAAGAAUUGUGUCACGUAGAAGUCUCUCCUUUCGUGUUCUCACUCAAUGCAGGCUUGAAGGUUCUUAACCUUAUUGGGUUAUGUUUUCUGACACUGUCCCCUAUAUAGGUGCCCAGGGUGACUUCUUCAAGUUGUGCAAGCUGUGAGCUAGAUGUCAUGAGCCAGUUCUUAAGCUUUGCUUUGGCCUCAUUUCAGGUACUCUGAAUUUGGGUAAGCCACAACGAUGUCGUCCACAUAGCCUAUUAUCUGAACUACUUUUGGUAGCAGUAGACGGAAUACCCCAUCGAAUAGUACACUCUACAACAGAGGACUCAGUACCAAUACCUGUGGUACGCCUCUUGUCACUGCGUAGGUUUUUGGCUCUGACUCGGAAUCAUACAAUAGCAGUCUGCCCGACAGGUAGCUAUCAAUUAUCCUCAGCAGUUACCCCGGGGAAUUUAUUUUCAUUGGAAACCCGCUUUCUAUGUUCGAUGGCGAUUUUAAAUGCCUUAUUUUGAAUCCCAUUAAGUCCAGGCGCCUUUGCAUUGUCGACACUCUCCGUCACUCUAAUUAGUUCCUUCUCGUCUAUUGUGUACGCUUCCAUCUCUGCGGGUAUCCUUCUACUCGAUUGUGGUUUUUGCGUAGGAAAGAUCGCUUUCACUACCUUUUCUAAGUGGAUACGACAUGCUGGGACUUUGCUUCUGCUUCCUCUUAUCUUUGUCUGUGGGUGCCACCUUAUGAGGUUUGUGUGCGGAGAGAGCAAAAGAUAAUUUCAAAGAGUUGAUAGAGUAGAUAGAUAAUUUACAAUAAUUUGGUCUCUGCCACUAAUCGCAGUCGUCUCAUGUUCAAGGCAAAACAAGACCUCACGGAACACUAAUUAAGCGCAAUUCGGCUUGCGGACCCAUUAAAACAUGAAUGGAGGAUCUGUGCAGAGAUAUCCGCACGCUGGAGGCACGAAAAAGCAGAAUGACAAUACCGAAUUGGAUUCACAUACGUUCGACGAGGCGUUGGAGCUGACGCAAGUUGGCCGCUUUCAUUAUGUACUCACCUUGAUUUGUGGCUUUUGCUUUAUGGCCGUAAUGGCCGAGACGAUGGGUGUCGGUAUGAUAAUGCCAUUGAUUAAAUGUGAUCUCACCGCAACGCAGACCGAGCAGGGCCUUCUUGCCUCGGCGGGCUUCUUCGGUAUUGUGCUCAGUUCGCAUAUGAUGGGCUUUCUGGCCGAUACGUGGGGACGUGUUAGAACGUUGCGAUAUUCGUUGGUAUUAGCCGCCACAGCAACGAUUAUCUCCGCGUUCUCCGUCAACACUUGGAUGUUAAUUGCAUUCCGUUUUCUCAAUGGCUUUUUCAUAUCCGGCUGUCAGGCGUGCGUGUUCAGUUUGUGUGGCGAGUUUCAUAGUAAUCGAACACGUGUACGUUAUGUAACGCUAUUGGCGAUCUUCUUGCCAUUCGCACUCAUGUUUAUGCCAGCCAUGGCUUUGGUCAUUCUACCGCUACAAAUUGACUUCGUUUUACUGGGCAUAAAAUUCGCUUCGUGGCGUCUCUUCUUCGCCGUUAACAUGCUGAUCUCAUUUGCUGGCCUAAUCGGUUUGAGCAUUUUGCCAGAAACACCGAAAUAUUUGUUGGUGCAUGGCAGUCACGAUGCAUCUCUGGCUGUGCUGCGUCGUAUUUAUGCUAUGAAUACGGGCGAUAAGCCGGAGAAUUUUCCUGUUAAGAGUAUAGUGCUGCAAACAGGCGGCGCUGAUUUGUCAAAUAUUCAUGGCGUCAAAGAUGCUCUCAAGAUGAUCUGGAGUCAAACGACGCCGCUGUUUUAUAAGGAACGUGUGCUGCAAACCUUCAACAUUUGCUUUUCGCUGUUUUCGAUCUAUGGCAUAUCGCAGGGCCUGUUCAUGUGGUUCCCUACAAUUCUCAACGAACUCAUACGCAAAAGUGACCAAGAUCUCAAGGUAUGUACUAUAAUAGGAAACAUGGAUGUAACAACAGCCAAAACAGUCAACUCUUGUACCGAAUUAUUGGAUUAUUUCAUGUUCGAAGUGUUGAUUAUGAUCGGUGCCGUUUUCACAGUGGUCUUCAUCAUAUUCGCUUAUACCAUCGAUAUAGUGGGCAAAUCGAAUUUACUGAUGAUUUGGCUUGUGGUCGCCUGCGUUUGUGCCGCCAUCAUGCACUGGAUCUCCGAAUUCGCUGCGAUCGUGAUCGUUUUAACGCUACUCAUGAGCGUCGGCAAUUGUGGCGGCAUUAUAGGUACGAUAGCGAUUGAGUUCUAUCCAGCUCAGAUCAAUGCCAUGGGCAUGUGUUUCGCCAUGAUGAUUGGGCGUUUGGGUUCUGUCGCCGGUGGCAAUAUUAUCGGCACCUUCCUCUUCACGCAUUGUAAUAUUUUACUGUGGGGCGUUGUGGCGCUCAUUGCGGUGUUGAUCGCAUUGGCAGCAGUGCUGCCAGACAAGAAAAGGGAGCGAGUAGCGAGCGAUCUGACAGUAACAAAAUGACGCAGCUUUUGAGAAUAGAAUUUCGAAUCUUCGUGUUUAAUAACUGAAAUUCAAUAGAUGAUUUUUCAUGAUCAAAUUCAGCGUGUAAGAAAAUUUUCAUUCGAAAGACUUAUCGAUUUGUACAAAUACUGAUAAUUUUAGUUGAAAUAUUUUCCUAUUUACUGUACAUAUCUACAUACAAGUAUAUAAAAGCGCAAGCAAGAUUUGUGUUAGUAAGCCGUAAAAGUUUAAGCUAAAAAUCAUGGAGAGACGAACUGAGAGCCGAAUUUACUUUUUAUUUUUUUUUAAAUUUCAAUUUGCUUCAUUGGAAGCGGUUUUCAAUUUCAAUAUGU